GUAAUUGCAACGUUGUCUUUGAGGGACUCCAAGCUCGCUGGAAGGAUAGCUUGUGCAAAGUGUGCAGAUUUGGACAGAAACAGCGGAAUCCACCGUGAAAUUUCCCCCACAAUAAUCUUUUUCUCACUAAAUUAGCCCGAGGAUUUGGCGGUUAUCAACGAUUUAUAACUUCUUUAAUAACUUCGUUACUACUUGUUCUUUCUUUGGUUAUUGCAAUGCUGCCAUCAGUUAGUAAUGGUGGGAUACCGCCGAUCAAGUCGCUUUCAACAAUUGCUAAUGUUCAUAUCAGUAACGAUCCAACAAUUAAUGAAUAUGAUUCUCUUCAUAUAUCAUUCGAACUAUUCAUUAGGCUAUUUCCCGAUGCAUCCAAUUCAGAUUUCCCUUCCAAGAAUGACAUUAUUGAAUCCAAUAACAGAAAGAAUCGAUUUGUGUUGAUCAAGUUCUUAGGGGUGCCCGAUUACUUUGAUAGUUUCAAAAUAUAUAAAAUAUCUAAGAUUGAUCAUCAAUCACAAACUUCUAAUUCAAUCAACUUUAUUAAUAACUCACAAUUGUCAACGUUUGGUAGUCACUUGACUUUCAAUACCGCCAUCAUUCAAUCUAUUGACUAUUCGGUUAUUCCAAAGUUAGAUCAAAUUUUCAUCAAUUUACCAAAUCACAUCUAUGAUAUAUUACAAAAUGGCGACGCUGAAUCACUUAGAUCCAAGUUUAUCAAUGAAUACUUGACUCAUAGCGGAGCUGUGGUUUCCAAUGGCGAAAUAAUCAGACUUCUAAAUGGACUGAUUAAGUUAUGCGAACCAGUUCCUCAAGGUAUUGUUAACAGUGAAACAAAUAUAGUGCUUAUUAAAGAGGUUGAUGAAGACCAGUCUUCCCCUGAUGAAGACAACGACGACAUUGAAUCCGACGAAGAGGACUAUGAUGAAAAUGAAGUUGAUUUGUCCGACUAUCUAGCAUCAUCCAUGAAAUUGGAUUUGGUAUCUGAAUCUUCAAAGCCAAAUUUUGAAUUUAAGAUUAAACCGUUACCUUCUAAAAUCACAAUCGAUGGUUUACCUCCUUCGGUGGCUAGCGAAGAUUCUGACUUGUUUAUUUUUGUUAAUACAAAAGAUUUGAAAAAAAUUAAUUUCCCAAUCUUUAAUGGUGAUUCUGUUAUAUUAAAUUAUCAAGAAGACAAAAUCAUUGUCAAGCUAUUUACUUUAUUAGAACCAAAUAAUUCAUUCCCAACUGGCCACAUAUAUAUCUCGCCGUUACUUUUAAUCAAUUCAAACUUGAAUCCAAACUCAAAGGUUACAGUCGAACAAAUUCGUAAUGAAAACUUGCAAAAUAACCAAUUCAAUGAAAUUAUCCCUAUUGCUAAAUCAGUAACCAUUUCUCGUAUCGCCUCCCCAAUAACUAUGGAUCGAACUUUUCAACAAAGUUUUUUCACUGCAUUAAAAGAUACUUUCCACAAUUCCUUUAAAUGCAUUAGACAAAAUGACCUUAUAGCAGUUGUGAUUGAUUCUGUUUUGGCCAAAACGUUCUUUGAUGUAAGCAACUCUCUGGCCAAUGAUGAGAAAAAUGCUGUGGAGUCUGAGGAGGCUAUUAUUCCAUCCGGUGAUCCUGAUAGUGUUGCGUGGUUUAAAAUUGUUGAAUUAAGUGGUGAUGCCUCUGAAACCUCACAAUUCAUAAUUGAUCCAUUGAAAACAACCUUAAUUUCAUCCGGUCUUGAAUUUAUAAAACUACCAGGUGACGAAUUCACUCAAUGGUAUCAAUAUUUUGAAUUACCACCAAUAUUUAACUAUAACAAAGCUAUUCAAGGAAAUCCAGCAAAUUUCAAGUAUGCAAGCGAAUUAAAAAAGAUCAUCACUACUUGUUUAUCAACGCCAAUUAAAUUGAAAACCUCUAUUUUGCUUAAUUCAAUGUCAAGAGGAUUGGGUAAGACGACUUUGGUUCGUAAUUUAUGUUUAGAGCUUGGUUUAAAUCUAAUUGAAUUAGAUGGAUUUGAAUUAAUUAAUCCAGGAGCAGAAUUGAAAACAGUUGGUUUAUUAACUGGUAAAAUUGAUAAAGUAAUUAACGGACAAGAUGAAAUUACUUCUAACAGUAGUUUCCAUGUUAUUUAUUUAAAACAUAUUGAAAAUCUAUGUGUUCAAACUAAUCAGAAUGAGCAAGGGGCCAAUAUGACAACUUCAUUAUCGUUAAGAAUAGUUCAAACCUUGAAUGAUUACUUGGAUAAAUAUCCAAAUGUUAUAGUUAUCAUGAGUUGUAAUGAUAUUGAUAAAUUGAAUGAUUCUGUUAGACUGAUGGUUAAAUUCCAAAUAGAUUUAAACGUACCAAAUGAACAAGAACGUUUAGAAAUUUUUAAAUUUUUGAUAUCAAAUGAAACCCCAGUGCAAGAAAAACUUGAUCCAUUUGAAGACAAAUUAGAAUUUCAAGAUAAUGCUCCCAUUGAUGUACAGAGUUUCCCAUUUUAUAGAAGACAAGAUGUAAGUUAUCAAGCACUUGCAUUACAAUCAGCCGGUUUAACUCCACGGGAUUUAAUAUCUAUUGUAAAUAAAGCUAAACAAUUGGCUAUUAAAAGAUUGAUGAAACUUUCUAUUGAACAAGGUAUACCAAUAAAACAACUUAUCAAGAUUGGUAAUGGAGGAAUAAUUACCUGGAUUCCUGAUGAUUUCAAUAAAUCCAUUAAUGAUGCACGUAAUCAAUUCAGUGAUUCUAUAGGAGCACCGCGUAUACCCGAUGUUAAAUGGGAAGAUAUUGGAGGACUUGAUUUAGUUAAAGAUGAAAUUUUGGAUACUAUUGAUAUGCCAUUAAAACAUCCCGAAUUGUUUAAUAAUGGACUUAAAAAAAGAAGUGGUAUUUUAUUCUAUGGACCACCAGGAACUGGUAAAACCUUAUUAGCAAAAGCAAUUGCAACCAAUUUUCUGUUAAAUUUUUUCAGUGUUAAAGGUCCGGAAUUACUUAAUAUGUAUAUUGGGGAGUCAGAAGCCAAUGUACGUCGAGUAUUCCAAAAGGCCCGAGAUGCAAAGCCCUGUGUGAUUUUUUUCGAUGAAUUGGAUUCGGUUGCACCCAAAAGAGGUAACCAAGGAGAUAGUGGAGGGGUUAUGGAUAGAAUUGUAUCGCAAUUAUUAGCAGAAUUAGAUGGGAUGAGUGGAGGAGAUAAUGGAGACGGUGUAUUUGUUGUUGGAGCAACCAACAGACCUGAUUUAUUAGAUGAAGCAUUAUUGAGACCGGGUAGAUUUGAUAAAAUGUUAUAUUUAGGAAUAUCAGAUACUGAUGAAAAACAAGCUAAGAUAUUAGAGGCAUUGACUAGAAAAUUCAAAUUACAUGACGAUGUUAAUUUAGAAGAAAUCGCCCAUAAUUGUUCAUUUACAUUUACUGGGGCUGAUUUUUAUGCAUUAUGUUCUGAUUCAAUGUUGAAUGCAAUGACCAGAAGUGCCAAUGAAGUUGAUAUAAAAAUUAAACGAAUGAAUGAAACUUUGAAGCAACUGGGUAAACCUCCGGUGUCAACUAGAUGGUGGUUUGAUAAUGUAGCCACCAAAGAAGAUAUUGAAGUUUUGGUUAGUAUGGAAGAUUUUAUUAAAGCACAAAGUGAAUUAAAUCCAUCGGUUAGUGCUGAAGAAUUACAGCACUAUUUAAGAGUUCGGGAGAACUUUGAAGGAGGUAAAGAAAAAGCACAAGAAGCAAGUAAUGGAUUAAGGGACAAGGUUACCGAAUUAAUUGGAGAAGAUAUAAGUGGGAUUAUUGAUGACCACGGUAAUAUGAUAAAUAUCGGUGAAUAAUUACAUAGACUAUUUUCUAAAUAAAUAACUUUUAUCAAGAAU